AUGUUUCAAAUGAAAAGAAAUUUUCGCAGAAGCGUUAGAGACGUCUUGAAACCAGAACACAAUGACCAGUUUUUGCUGAGAUGGCUAAGAGCGAGACAAUGGGACCCCGAGGCGGCUGAAAAAAUGCUUAGAGACUCUAUGAUAUGGCGGGAAAAAUGGGGCAUUGACACAAAUCUUCACUCUUGGAAACCGCCAGAGGUGCUGGAAAAACAUUUUCCCAGUGGAACCACGGGAUUUGACAAGGAAGGCUCACCAAUCAUUUUCGUACCCUUCGUCGGUUUGGAUGUAUGGGGACUACUGCAUUCAGUGAGCAGGACAGACUUGAUCAGAAUGAUCUUACGGCACCUAGAGCACUACUUAGCACUUGGCAGAAAGCAAUCUUUAACUUAUGGACCUGCUGCUUUAAAGGUAACAGUCAUUUUCGAUCUGGAAGGAUUUAACAUUAGACAGUACGCCUGGAAACCGGCCGCAGAGAUGGUCUUCACUCUACUCCAGAUUUACGAGGCUAAUUACCCUGAGAUCUUGAAGAGUUGCUUCCUCAUUAAUGCGCCAAAGGUAUUUUCACUCGCUUUUUCCGUCGUGAAGAAGUUUAUGCACGAGUACACGAUAUCGAAGAUAAGAAUAUUUGGCACAGACGCAAAGAAAUAUCAACCACAGAUACUAGCGCUCAUAGACAAAGACACACUUCCCGCGCAUUAUGGCGGCAAUUUAGUCGAUGAAAAUGGCGAUCCACGAUGCAGCUCCUUGAUAAAACCAGGUGGCAAAGUACCUAAGUCGUAUUACUCGCGUAAUAUACAAGAAGACGAUUUAGAAGAAAAAUACACGCGGACUACCGUCAAAACUGGAGAGAAACAUGUCAUAGAUCUACUGUGCCCAGACAACGAAAGUGUUCUUAAGUGGGAUUUCGGAGUUGAGAGCCACGAUAUCAAGUUCCUGAUCAAGAAGCGUGACGCGGAAGGCAACGAAAGUGUAGUCCACGGUCCACGGAAGGUCACUGAAGGCCCAGCAGAUGUUGGUGUCAUGCCGGUCACAGGACCUGCAACUUAUUCCGUAAUAUUCGACAACAAGAGUUCCUUCAUUAGAAGUAAGAAAAUUUUCUAUGACGUUCUAAUAUCGAUACCAGAACGAGAUCUCAAUAUGAUGAACCUUCCCGAAGAUAUAGCCGACUUAAGCAUAACACCAUCGUCUUCCAACUAA